ACAGAGAGAGACAAGAGGGGAAUUAUGCUGAACAGACACAGAGAAAGUGGCAGCUGAUGCAGCUCUGGGGAAGUUGCCUUUAUAACGUGUGCUGCUCCAACAGAUGUUGCAGAAAAGUAGUGGUAGAAGAAGAAAAGUCUUACUGGAACUGGAAAGGACAGACAGAAAAGGCUGAAAUGCCAGUGAUAAUAUAGAUGAAAUCUACAACUGCAGGGGGAAAAGCACCAGCAGCAGCCCCAUUGCACGUUGGGUGACCACUCAAUCUGGUCUGGUGUGGCUCUGUCCUUUCCCAGGUCCGAAGAUGUGGUCAAUAAUGGGUGUGAUGUGCUUGUGUCAGUGUGUAAUUGGUCAGCUGUUGGAAGCCAAGGCGAAAGGAUCUCAACCUAGAUUCAUCUGCAGCGUCCCGGGGCUGUCUGGUACACCAGGGAAGCCGGGGCCUCCCGGGCCCACGGGGGGCGACGGCCACGUUGGAAUCCCAGGAAGAGAUGGCAGAGAUGGGAGGAAGGGAGAGAAAGGAGAGAAGGGGGAAGCAGGGAUUAAAGGAAGAGUGGGGCCAACAGGUAAAAUCGGUGAGCGUGGAGAGAGAGGCCCCGUAGGGAAACGAGGCCCAGAGGGUGAAGGUGGCGACACAGGACCCCCAGGACCACCCGGGCCCCAGGGAAAGAGAGGACAGAAGGGCCACCGGGGCCUGCAGGGCGUCCCGGGUGUGUGCCGCUGCGGCAGCCUGGUGCCCAAAUCUGCCUUCUCCGUGGGCAUCACCAGCAGCUACCCGGCUGAGCAGGCGCCAAUCAAGUUCAACAAGGUUCUCUUCGAUGAGGGUGGCCAUUACAACCCCCAGACGGGCAAGUUCAUCUGUGCCUACCCAGGCAUCUACUACUUCUCCUACGACAUUACCCUGGCCAAUAAGCACCUGGCCAUCGGCCUGGUGCAGAACGGCCAGUACCGCAUUAAGACUUUUGAUGCCAAUACUGGGAACCAUGAUGUGGCAUCUGGAUCCACUGUGAUGUACCUCAAUCCAGAGGACGAGGUGUGGCUGGAGAUUUUCUACAAGGACCAGAACGGCCUGUUCUCAGAUCCUGGCUGGGCAGACAGUCUAUUUUCAGGAUUCCUGCUUUACGCAGAUACUAAUUACCUGGAUACACUGGCAGAGGACUACGCUUAGUAGCAAACAAAACAUAUCAUUAAAUAAAAAUGAUCCUGGAUUAAGUUAUUUUGGAGAAUAUUCCUAGGUGAAAGACACUGUUAGAGCAAUUCGGACCAUUUUUAUAAAUCAGACACAUUUCUGCAUAGUCCAAUAGUUCAGAUAUAACCAAAGUCAUUUAACUUGAUAAAUCAGAUAUCUUUACAGUCGUGGUGAUAGGAACCAGGGGUUGCAACAUCAAUAAUGCAAAAACUGUUUAUUUGCUAUGUAAAGCAACCAGUAAACCUACAUGUGCCUUGUGAGUUUUUAUAUGCAAUAUUGAUGGUAAAAUAGUGUAUAGUGAAUAGUCUAUUUAUAUGUAGUCAUUAAAGCAGGUAGCUAAUCAACAAGAAGCAAGACUUGACUGUCUUGACUUUGGACUUGCCUUGAGAUUUGAUCACAGGACUUGAGACUUCCUUCUUAUUUGCAACUUAGUGACUUGUUCCCACCUCUGAUUAGAUGUAAGUAAUGAUGUAUUAAUUUUA